AUGGCGGCUGGUGGGGUUGUUGCUGCGGUGCCCAAGUGCCGGCUUCUGCCCUAUGCGCUACACAAGUGGAGCUCCUUCUCCUCCACUUACCUUCCCGAGAACAUUUUAGUGGAUAAACCAAAUGACCAAUCUUCAAGGUGGUCUUCAGAGAGCAACUAUCCUCCUCAGUACUUGAUUCUGAAGCUUGAAAGGCCUGCUAUAGUCCAGAAUAUCACAUUUGGGAAAUAUGAGAAAACUCAUGUCUGCAAUUUGAAGAAAUUUAAAGUCUUUGGUGGAAUGAACGAAGAAAAUAUGACAGAGCUAUUGUCCAGUGGCUUAAAGAAUGAUUAUAAUAAAGAAACAUUUACUUUGAAGCAUAAAAUUGAUGAACAGAUGUUUCCUUGUCGAUUCAUUAAAAUAGUUCCACUAUUAUCCUGGGGACCCAGCUUUAAUUUUAGCAUCUGGUAUGUUGAGCUGAGAGGCAUUGAUGAUCCUGAUGUAGUACAACCCUGUCUCAACUGGUAUAGCAAGUACCGUGAACAGGAAGCCAUUCGCCUUUGCCUAAAACACUUCCGACAACACAACUAUACAGAAGCCUUUGAAUCACUGCAAAAGAAAACCAAGAUUGCCCUGGAACAUUCCAUGUUAACAGAUCUUCAUGACAAACUGGUAUUGAAGGGUGAUUUUGAUGCUUGCGAAGAAUUGAUUGAAAAAGCUGUAAAUGAUGGCUUAUUCAAUCAGUACAUCAGUCAGCAGGAAUAUAAGCCACGAUGGAGUCAAAUCAUUCCCAAAAGCACCAAAGGUGAUGGAGAAGAUAACUGACCAGGAAUGAGAGGGGGCCAUCAGAUGGUUAUUGAUGUUCAAACAGAGACCGUUUAUUUGUUUGGUGGCUGGGAUGGAACACAAGAUCUUGCCGACUUCUGGGCGUACUGUGUGAAGGAGAACCAAUGGACAUGUAUCUCUAGAGACACUGAGAAAGAGAAUGGGCCUAGUGCCAGAUCAUGUCAUAAAAUGUGCAUUGACAUUCAACGAAGACAGAUCUACACUUUGGGGUGGUAUUUGGAUUCCUCUGUGAGGAACAGCAAAUCCCUGAAAAGUGACUUCUAUCGUUAUGACAUUGACACAAACACAUGGCUGUUACUAAGUGAGGAUACUGCAGCAGAUGGAGGACUAAAAUUGGUGUUUGAUCAUCAGAUGUGUAUGGACUCAGAAAAACACAUGAUCUACACCUUUGGUGGUAGAAUUUUGACAUGUAAUGGCAGUGUAGACAACAGCAGAGCCAGUGAACCACAAUUCAGUGGAUUGUUUGCUUUCAACUGUCAAUGUCAGUCCUGGAAACUUCUUCGAGAAGACUCCUGUAAUGCUGGGCCUGAGGACAUCCAGUCUCAGAUAGGACACUGCAUGCUAUUCCAUUCAAAAAAUCGUUGUUUAUAUGUAUUUGGUGGCCAGCGAUCGAAGACCUAUUUGAAUGACUUCUUCAGUUAUGAUGUGGACUCUGAUCAUGUAGACAUAAUAUCAGAUGGCACCAAGAAAGACUCUGGAAUGGUUCCAAUGACUGGAUUCACACAGAGAGCAACCAUUAAUCCAGAACUGAAUGAAAUACAUGUUUUAUCUGGACUCAGGAAAGACAAGGAAAAGAGGGAAUAAAAUGUCAGAAAUUCAUUCUGGAUUUAUGACAUUGUGAGGAAUAGUUGGUCUUGUGUCUAUAAGAAUGAUCAGGCUACAAAGGAUAAUCCAAGUAAAAGUCUCCAGGAGGAAGAACCAUGUCCAAGAUUUGCCCAUCAGCUUGUAUAUGAUGAGUUACACAAGGUUCAUUAUUUAUUUGGUGGGAAUCCAGGAAAAUCCUGCUCUCCAAAGAUGAGAUUAGAUGACUUCUGGUCGCUGAAGUUAUGUAGACCUUCAAAAGAUUACUUACUGAGGCAUUGCAAAUACCUCAUAAGAAAACACAGGUUUGAGGAAAAGGCCCAAAUGGAUCCCCUUAGUGCUCUGAAAUAUUUACAGAAUGAUCUUUAUAUAACUGUGGAUCAUUCAGACCCAGAAGAAACAAAAGAGUUUCAGCUCCUAGCUUCAGCUCUGUUCAAAUCAGGUUCAGAUUUUACAGCUCUAGGCUUUUCAGAUGUGGAUCACACCUAUGCUCAAAGAACUCAGCUCUUUGACACCUUAGUAAAUUUCUUUCCUGACAGCAUGACCCCUCCUAAAGGCAACCUGGUAGACCUCAUCACACGCCCUGGUGUCACCGACUGGCUGUUUUCGGGCAGAGACGGACCCACGAGCACAGUGCCGGGCGCCUCGCAGGAGGGAGCUGGGCACCCGCGGGCCCCUGCUGCGGGAGGGGAGCCUGUCCCAGGCCAGCAGGAGGGGCAGGGGGGCAGAGGGGCCCUGCAGGACCCAGUGAUGACAAGGGAUCCUGAGAGCCACCGGGCUGGGAGGCUGCGCGGGUGCAGCGUUUUCAGCGCGGGCGGGGCCCUGCUGCUGUCGCUCCCCGGGUGUCCCUCUGUCCCUUCCCUCUGUGCUUCCUCAUCCCCUUCCCAGGUGCUUCCUGGGUACCCAUCUCUGUCCUCCGUCCUCCCGCUGGAAGUUUGGCCUCCUCCCAAUCAGAUCUCCAAGGAUCCUGAUCCCAUUUAUAAAAGGGCCCACACCCGCGGGACCGGCCUCGGGGCUUGA